AUGCCUUGUCACUGCACCUCUGGUGUCGGCAUGCCUUGUCACUGCACCUUCGGUCUCGGCAUGCCUUGUCACUACACCUCUGGUCUCGGCAUGCCUUGUCACUGCACCUCUGGUGUCGGCAUGCCUUAUCACUGUACCUUCGGUUUCGGCAUGCCUUGUCACUGCACCUCUGGUCUCGGCAUGCCUUGUCACGGCACCUCUGGUGUCGGCAUGUCUUGUCACCGCACCUUCGGUCUUGGCAUGCCUUGUCACCGCACCUUCGGUGUCAGCAUACCUUAUCACUGCACCUCCGGUGUCGGCAUGUCUUGUCACCGCACCUUCGGUCUUGGCAUGUCUUGUCACCGCACCUUCGGUCUUGGCAUGCCUUGUCACUGCACUUCCGGUGUCAGCAUGCCUUAUCACUGCACCUCCGGUGUCGGCAUGCCUUGUCACUCAAUUUCCGGUGUCGGCAUGCCUUGUCACUCAAUUUCCGGUUUCGGCAUGCCUUGUCAUCUCACCUUCGAUCUCGGCAUGCCUUGUCACUGCACCUUCGUUGUCGGCAUUCCUUGUCACCGCACCUGCGGUGUCACCAUGCCUUGUCACCGCACCGUUUCUUCGGUUUCAGAGGAAAGAGCACAACAACAACGACGUCAGUCCAAGGGAAACUUGUUUUUAUUGAAGAUAUAUGAUGAGAAUCGUGUUUGA